GCCCAUGGGCUUUAGUGACCUCUUAAAAGCCCAGACUUGAUCAUUUUCAAAAUAGGGCAACCACGGAAACCCUAACAUUAAAACCUGAUUUUACCACCAAACUGCUGUCUUGUAAGAAGAAGCCGCAAAACUCUUAGGACUCUUCUUCGUGGUACGUUCAAAAGGUUUCUCCUUCGGAUAUUGUGAAGAUGUUCUCCGCUCAGAACAAGAUCAAGAAGGACAAGAAUGCCGAGCCGACAGAAUGCGACGUGCAAGUUGCUCAGGCUUUGUUUGAUUUGGAGAACACCAACCAGGAGUUGAAAAGCGAGCUGAAAGAUCUUUACAUCAACCAAGCUGUUAACAUGGACAUCGCUGGAAACCGCAAGGCUAUUGUGAUUUACGUCCCAUUCAGAUUGAGGAAAGCCUUCCGCAAGAUCCACCCCCGUCUCGUCAGAGAGCUCGAGAAGAAGUUCAGUGGAAAGGAUGUUAUCUUUGUUGCCACAAGAAGGAUCAUGCGUCCUCCCAAGAAGGGUGCUGCUGUUCAGAGGCCACGCAACAGAACUCUAACCUCUGUUCACGAAGCAAUGCUCGAGGAUGUUGCCUACCCUGCUGAGAUCGUUGGAAAACGUACUCGUUACCGUCUUGAUGGAUCCAAAGUCAUGAAGGUGUAUUUGGAGGCCAAGGAAAGGAACAACACAGAGUACAAGCUCGAGACUAUGGUUGGUGUGUACCGUAAACUUACUGGAAAGGAUGUCACUUUUGAGUACCCGGUCGAAGCUUGAAAGUAAGACGAUGCUGAAGAAUCAUCAGGAUAGAGGAGAGAUUUUCAAUUAUGUAUUUUGGUAUUUGAUGUAAUGAAUACUCUUUCUGCUUUUCAAUUUUGAAAUCUAUGCUAUAAUUUCAGUUUCA